AUGUCGACUACCGAAGUUGCUACCGCGAUUGACUCGGAAGAGCAGCUGCUCGCAGAUCUAGAGACGAGCAAGACCCUGCCACUCUGGAAGCAGAUGGCACGAUUGAACCCUCCCGCACCCAAUCCAACUACAGUCCCAUGUCUGUGGAAGUACAAGUCUAUCCGGCCAAACCUGGAGCGUGCUGGGAAACUCGUUCCUGAGUCGCAAGCCGAGCGUCGAGUCUUGAUGCUCGUCAACCCUGCCCGCGAUGCCCCCUACACUACGGACACCCUCUAUGCGGGUCUGCAACUAGUAAUGCCCAACGAAAUCGCCCGCGCCCACCGCCACACGGCCUUCGCCAUGCGCUUCAUCAUCGAAGGAACCGGCGGCUUCACGGCCGUCCACGGCCGCCGCAUUACUAUGCAGCGCGGCGAUGUCAUCCUCACUCCAACUUGGAACUACCAUGACCACGGCAAGGACGGGUCUGGACCCAUGGUCUGGCUGGAUGGACUGGAUCUGCCUACAUUUAGACACUUCCCCGUGCAUUUUGUUGAGCACUUUGAUCAGCCGCGGUAUCCGGCGGUGGACGUUGAUAGUAAGACUUCGCCGUUGGUGUUUCCUUGGGUCGAGAUGAAGGUCAGACUCGAUGCCGUGGAAGGGGAGUGGGCGGCUUUGAGGUAUCUGAAGAAAGAUGGGAGAGAGGUGAGCCGUGUCCUAGGCGGAAGCGCCGAGCGCAUCGCGGCCGGUGCGUCCUCGCCCUCCCGUCGCGAGACCACCUCGGCCGUGUAUCACGUUAUUAGCGGUCGGGGACGGUCGGUGAUUGGGGAGGAAGAGUUUGUAUGGGAGCAGGGUGAUACUUUCUGUGUUCCUUCGUGGUAUCGGUAUCAGCAUUUUGCGGGUGAGGGCGAACGGGUGUACUUGUAUCGCUUUGAUGAUCGGCCUAUGCUUGAUGCGCUGGGCUUUUAUCGGGCGGAGGGAAUGGAUGUUGAGAGUUUGGUAUCGGAUUAG